AUGCAAACUUUUCUUUCUGCUCCAUCCUUCAACAAAACAUAUCUUUAUGCUACACCUCAAUAUCUUUAUCAUGAAUUUGCCAAUGUAUUUUCUUAUUAUAUCAUGGUUAAAGAAGGCAAUAUGCAACCAAACAAGCAAGUUCUAAUGGAAAAUGCAAAUAAAGAGUGGAAAAAUAUUCAUCAUCAACAAACAAGCAAGAUUAAAGCCCAAAUUAAACAAUAUCUAAUGGAAUUUCUAUCUAUUUUGACUACAAUUAAAUUUUCAACAACCGUUCAUAUAAAUAUUACUCAACCAUCACCAAUUUCUUUAACAAUUCCAACUCCUUGCCAAACACCACCAUUCACCCAAUGCUUCAGCCCAACGUCAAGCUGUUGA